AAUACCAAUACUCACUGUCUCACUUCUUCGUCUCCAAAAACCCUUGGAACACAAAGAGCCUCUCUCUCUGUCUCUCUUUGGCCUGCAAUUAACUUAGGGCUUGGCUGGGAUUCGAAGAUCGCAAGCACAUCACCUCCAAUUUCGAAAAAGUUGGAGGCUGUUGAAAAUUUGUGUUCAUGGCAAUGGAGUACAAAUAUAUAGAGUUUAAUGAGGGAUGGGAGUUUAUCCAGGAGGGGAUUAAGAAGCUGAAGAGGAUUGUGGAAGGUUCACCGGAGCCUGAUUUCAACUCCGAAGAACGCAUGACGCUGUAUAAUACUAUCUAUAACAUGUGUACUCAAAGACCCCCUUUUGAUUACUCUCAACGGCUUUAUGACAAGUACGGGGAGACUUUUGAGGAGUACAUUACUUCCGCGGUGUUGCCUUCUCUAAGAGAGGGGCAAAAUGAGGUCAUUAUGUUGCAGGUGCUUGUUAGAAGUUGGGAAAAGCAUAAGGUUUUGGAGACGUGGCUGUCGCGCUUCUUUCAUUAUCUUGAUCGUUACUUCAUCCCUCGGAAGUCACUCCGCAGGCUGAGUGAUGUUGGACGCAACUGCUUUCGAGAUUUGGUUUGUCGGGAUUUGAGUGCUAAUGUGAGGAAUGCUGUACUUGGUCUUAUUCAUAAGGAACGUGAGGGAGAGCAAAUUGACAGAGCGCUAUUGAAGAAAGUGAUAGAUGUAUUUGUUGAGAUUGGCAAGGGUCAAAUGGAUGUCUACAUAGAGGAUCUUGAAGCAUGCUUGCUAAAAGAUACUGGGGAAUACUAUUCUCGAAAAGCAUCUAGUUGGAUUGCGGAGGAAUAUUCUUAUGCAGAUUACAUGGUGAAAGCUGAGGAGUGCUUGAGAAAGGAGAGGGAAAGUGCUUCUCAUUACCUGCCUCCAAGCAGUGAGCAGAAGUUGGUGCGCACAGUGCAACAUGAACUGUUUGAACCUCUUGCUGAUGUAUUAGUUAGACAGAAAGUUACUGCUGAAUUGGCACCCUUGUUUCAACACGUUGAAGAUUCUGCAAGAAACCAGGCUUCUUCCAUUGGAGCUGGGAUGCCAGCACAGGUUCUUAUCACAGAUUUAGUUGAGCUGCAUGAUAAGUAUACAUCAUAUGUCAAUGAUUGCUUUAGAAACUACUAUCAUUUUCACAAGGCUCUGAAUGAGGCUUUUGAGGUAUUUUGCAAUAAAGUUGUUGCUGGAAGCUCAUGUGCUGAAUUGCUUGCUGCAUUCUGUGAUGAUCUUCUUAAAAAGGGUGGGUGUGAGAAAUUGAGUGGUGAUCAGGGCAUAGAAGAAACACUUGAGAAGGCUAUUAAAACGUUGCUUCCUUACAUCAGUGACAAGGACCAUUUUGCAGAAUUCUACAGGAAAAGACUUGCUCGCCGGCUACUGUUUGAUCGGAGCGCCAACAAGGACCAUGAAAAGAGCGUUAUAACAAAGAUGAAACAGCAGUGUGGUGGACAGUUUACCUCAAAGAUGGAGGGAAUGGUCACAGAUUGGACCUUAGCUCGGGACACUCAGAACAGCUUUGAGGAAUAUCUUCGUUGUAACCAAAAUAUAAAUCCUGGAAUGGAUUUGGCAGUCACUGUUCUUACAACUGGUUCUUGGCCAAGUUAUGAAUCGUUCAAUCUGAACCUUCCUUCAGAGAUGAGGAGAUGUGUUGAAAUUUUCAAGGGAUACUAUGAAACUAAAACGAAACACAGAAAACUUACAUGGGUUUACUCAUUGGGCAGUUGCCACAUUAUAGGCAAGUUUGAGCCAAAAACAAUUGAAUUGGUUGUGUCAACCUAUCAAGCAGCUCUCUUGCUACUCUUCAAUACAGCAGAUAGAUUGAGCUAUUCUGAAAUCUCAUGUCAGUUAAAUCUUCCCGAGAAUGCCUUGGUUAGAAUUCUUCAUUCACUGUCAUGCGGCAAGUACAAGGUCCUCAUUAAGGAGCCAAAUACAAAGAUUAUCUCGCCAAAUGACACCUUUGAGUUCAACUCUAUGUUCACUGACAGAAUGAUAAGAAUUAAGAUUCCUCUCCCACCAGUGGAUCAUGAAAGGAAGGAGGUAAUGAAAGAUGUUGAUAAAGACAGGCGAUAUGCUAUUGAUGCUGCAAUCGUGAGGAUUAUGAAGAGUCGGAAAGUGUUUGGUCAUCAGGAAUUAGUUAUAGAAUGUGUUGAGCAGUUGAGACAUAUGUUCAAGCCUGACAUCAAAACAAUUAAGAAGCGCAUUGAAGAUCUUAUUACUCGUGACUACUUGGAAAGAGACAAGGAAAACCAAAAAGUAUAUAGGUAUGUUGUGUGAUUCAAGUGUUGGAUUCUUCAUAAUUAUCUGGAGAUAUGCUGUAGGUACAUGAACAUGACUUAGAGUUUAUUUUGAUAUUAGAUUGCUGUCAAUUGUUGCAGCUACAACCAGUUUUUUGUAGAUUGUAGGAUAUAAACUAUGAUUGGCUUUAAUGGCUUUAAUUUAGAUUGUAGAGAUUCUAGGAUGUGUUCAGUUUACCAUUAAAGCCAGUUUUGUGCAAUUCAACCAACCAA